AUAUUAAACAGGCGGUUUUCCAAAAGCACCGAUAUUUACACUAGAGAGUCUCUCGACUCCAUAGCCACCUUCAAUUCUAAACCUUCAUUUCCUCACCCGCCAUGCAAUUUCUAUCAAUUUGGUUCUGGGCUCUUCUUUUUCUGCUGUCUCCCUCUUAAAAUUGGUUCCAUGUCUUCUCCAAGUGAAAGCCUCGGACUUUUCCCUCUAUCUUCGCUUGUAGGGCCAUAUAUUUAGUAGUCUCUUCUCACUCACUGAAAACCCUAAAUUUAGGUGUUGGGUUUGGCCUUUGUAACGAGCAGGGACGGUUUGACCACUUGCUCUCGACCUUUGAUUCCCGUGCACAGAAGAAGAUGGAUCGUAUCAGCAAUCUACAAGACGAGCUUCUUUGUCAGAUUUUGUCCUUCCUUCCGACAAAGCAUGCUGCUUUGACCUCGGUUCUCUCAAAGAGAUGGCUCAAUCUGUGGAAACUUGUUCCUAAUCUCGACAUUGAUGACUCUGUCUUUCUUCAUCCGGAGGAUAAGAAAGGGGAAAGGGUCGAAAUUCGACAGAGCUUCGUCAAUUUCGUGGAUGGUGUACUGGCUAUGCAGGGUGAUUCUCCUAUCAACAAGUUCUCUCUAAAGUGUAUAACUGGUGUCCAUCCAGAUAUUGUGAAUCGUUGGAUAUGUAAUGUGCUGCAGCGUGGUGUUUCAGACCUUAAUCUGUUCACUGAUUUUUCUUUCGAGGAUACCGAAGAAGAUAUGUAUCAUCUGCCUAAAGAGUUGUUCUUUUGUAGUACACUGGUUAAGCUAAAGUUAAGAAGUGAACACUGUGUUUACUGGUGGCAUGGAGUUAUGGGAUCUUCUUUACCAAUGCUUAAAAGUCUUUAUAUUGACUCGGACUUGAUUCUUUGUGGUAAGAUUGACAAGUUUGUUUCUUCUUUCCCUGUGCUUGAGGAAUUACGAAUGGCUAAUAUGGAGUGGCAAGAUUUGGAUGUAUCCGUGUCAAGUGCAAGCCUAAGAAAACUAACUCUCCACGGCACCGGUUGUGAAGCCGUGACAUCCUUUGAAAGUCCAAAGACCGUUUCUUUUGAUACUCCAAGUCUUCUGUGCUUGAGCUACUUUGAUGUAGUUGCGGAAGACUAUCCAUUAGUUAAUAUGAAGAAAUUAGUUCAGGCUUCACUCAGUCUUAUAGUAACUGAUGAUCUAAUCAAGCGAGUAAGAGAGCCAAAUAAUGAUUUGUUAGAGGGUGAGGAGGAUAAUGUUGUCUUCCAAUCUGGCAAUGUGGUGAAGCUCAUGAUUGGCAUACAAAAUGUUCAGAAACUUUCCUUAAAUUCUGAUACUCUUGAGGUGCUUUCUCUAUGCUGUGAAACAAUGCCAGUGUUCAACAACCUCAAAUUCUUAGGUGUUACAAGUGACGAGGGUAGAGGGUGGCAAGCAAUGCCAGUUCUUCUAAGGAAUUGUCCACGUUUAGAAACUAUAAUCAUGGAGGGUCUAUUACACUAUGUAACAGAUAAAUGUGGGGAUGCUUGUGCCUGCAUUUCUCGGGAGGACAAAGGUCGUUCACUCACAUCAUGUCCAGUGAAUAGGUUGGAGAUUCAAAGGUUUCGAGCAACAAUGAAAGAGAUGACAAUGAUAAAGCAUUUCUUGGACUAUUUUCCGUGUUUGAAGAGGAUGGAUGUUUACAUUGAAGAGAAUGAACCUACACAGCUCAGAAACUCUGAAGUGUCUGACCAUAUCUUGGAGAUCUUUGAACUCUACAACAAGUUAUCGAGUUGCAAUGUCAGGCUCCUGGUUAGUGAUUACUUGGACGAGAAGUGGACUGCACAAGGAUAUAUCUGAAGAACUUAAACUUGCUCUUAGUUUUGCCUUCAUUUGAAUUGGCCGUUUAAUUUUGUUGCCGUUUAGUUUUGCCAUAAUCUAUUAACAUGAUAUGAUCUGAUGAUAUGUUUUUUAAAAUAUUUAUGGAAAGAUUUAUGUUUUAUCUU